UGUAGAAUUAGAAAUACAAUUCAAAAAAGCAAUUUUGUUCUGUUAGCAAACAGUUCAGUCUGUAGUUCCAUUUUUGGAAUCUCCAAGUAUGCAAACGUCCUGAUAUAUAUUGCACGAUAUUCCGAUGUAAACCAGUUAACAUCGUGCUGCUGAUGUAAAAACCUACAAAACACUGCUUUUGCAACGAGCCGGUACCUAAAGCUUCAAUGUGAUACCUCUUAAUCUUACGUACAUACCAAUUACCAUCAAAUACUACACGCGAUUUAGCAGAUAAUCUGAUGCCUAUUAUCAAAGACAUUUACGUAUAGUAGGAAGUACAAACGCGAAUUGUUUUGUUUUUUAAAUCUGCUUUGUGACCAAUGUUCAAGGGAUGGCAACUGCAAUACUUCCUUUGAUUGUACUAGUAGGUGCCGCAGGAUCGACGCUCUCCGAAAGCAAUUUAUUAGCACCUCGCAGCUUCUGCGGAUUUCAACACAUUGACGAUUACGCAAGGGAUAACGACAAUGUGACUUUAGAUGAAUUUCCAUGGAUUGCACUUUUACUGGAUGGUACCACUAAAGAAUUAAAAUGCGCAGGAACAUUGAUCAAUUACCGUUACGUAAUGACCGUCGCACAUUGCGUUCUUAAUCCCUGGAACAAUAACUUAGUCGUUCGUCUAGGCGAAUUUAAUGUUAUGACCGACGUCGAUUGCCUCAAUCACACCAGCUUCGGUGAAGAAUGUAGUGAUCCCGUUCAAGAAUAUAGCGCGGAAAAUAUAAUUGUGCAUCCGGACUACAACCCACGCACUAGUCACAAUGAUAUUGGGUUGGUUCGUCUUUCCAGGAAUGUUGAAUAUUCAGAGUACAUUCGUCCUAUUUGUCUACCCAGCACAAAGGAGCUCGAUUUAAACGAAUGUGUUCAAUUGGCAGCGUCGGGUUGGGGGGCAGAAAUUGACGACGUGCCUCCGGUAGUUCGGAAAAAGAAACUUGCGGCGCGUUUGCUACCUAUUUCCGAGUGUAUGAAGAUAACGAUGUUCAAAAAUUCACUUAAACGUCCAACCAAUGAUCAUCUAUGCGCGUACGAAGUACGUGAAAGUUCUUCUUGUAGAGGCGAAAGUGGAAGUCCUCUCAUGUUAUCUGUAAAAAAUCAAUGGGAGCAAGUUGGUAUAGUUUCAUUUGGUUUUGUGUGUGGUUUAGAUUUUCCAACAGUUUUUGUGAAGAUAACAAGCUAUUUAGAUUGGAUUAAAGAAAAUGUAAGACCAUAGCAAGUAAGGAGCCACUAUCCAUGAAUAUUAAAAAUUACUUGUUUUAAUUUUUUACCUGUGUUACUCUGUGCAUAUAGCCAUCAAAUGCUUCUCGUAAUGAUAGUUAGAAUAAUAUCAAGUCGUACAACUGACGUGCUUGGAAAACUAUAAUAAUAGAAAGUUAUUUAAGCUGUGAA